AUUUCAAAUCAUACCAGCAUGUACAGUAUACUCACAUUCGCUAUUGUGUUCUAGCUAUAUAUGUCACUGAAAUGGAAAACCAAUACAUCUAACGUUCAAUUUUAUGUUCACGAACUUGGCCUUCAUCAUAAAUCUCCAAUCCCGUUUCUUAAUGCAGACCUCUAUGGGAACCCAUCAAGAAAGCUUGAUCUUCUUGGGUCAUCGCAUCAGGUUCCAUUCUGCGGCAUUGAAGGUUCAUUCUUAUCUCAUGCAGACAGGCUGGGACAGAAGAAUUCUGGCGGGAGGUCAUCUCCCGCACGUUUCCUCACUAGGCCCGACGCAGAUCUAGCGGUAUCUUCGUUCUGGGACCUAUCUGCCAAAGGAACUCUGCGAAUGUAGUAGAGGACCUAGUCCUGCCGACUUCACUGCAUGCAUCCCUCAUCACGGCGAUAUUCAGCGUCUGGUUGCCCAAAUGGGCUACUGGCAUCACGACCCCGUUGUUGCUGAAAACAGAAGGCACUAACAAAAUCAAGGGCCUUGUCACGAUGAUUGUCACGGUACGUGCAUAUCCUUAAUACACGAAUACACAGCGUCCCCUGAAGGCAUAUCAAUCAUGUCCAGCACUGUCGAAAGCUCCACUCCUAGCAAAGUUGACGUCCUCGUUAUUGGCGCAGGGCCGGCAGGUCUAACAUGCGCUCUCGGGCUUGCGAAAGCCGGAGUGAACGUCAGGAUCGUCGACCACAGCCCAACGAAGGUACAAUCUGGUCAUGCAGAUGGCGUCAUGCCUCGGACGAUUGAAGUCCUGCAGAGCCAUGGUCUGGCCGAUGCUCUUCUCAAAGAUGCCAACCAGGUCUACACGAUUUCGAACUACAACUAUGAAGCUGAUGUAGGCAUCAAGUGUGCUGGACGCGUUACCAUGAUCAAUGAGCCCACGGCUCGUUAUCCAUUUGCAGCUACGCAAAAUCAGGGUGUCAUGGAGGGUAUUCUAGGCGAUGCCUUGCUCAAGGAAGGAGCAGUUAUCGAGCGUCCAGUCCGCCCUACUGCUAUUGACCUCUCUACAGAUGAGAACGAGCUGAAAGACCCAGACGCAUAUCCGAUCAAGGUUCGUGUCAAAAAGCUGAAUGAGGAAGAAGCUGCAGAGGAGCUGGUUCACGCAAAAUAUGUCGUCGGCGCAGAUGGAGCUCAUUCUUGGGUCCGUAGGGCGUUGAAUGUUCCCAUGGAAGGCGAACAAACCGCUCAUGUCUGGGCUGCCAUCGAUUUUACACCCACUCCGGACUCUAACUUUCCCGAUUGGCGCAACAUCGCUACAGUCAAUGCUAAAGACGUAGGGAUUAUGCUUAUCCCUCGAGAGGGAGGCAAGAUCAGACUAUACGUUGAGUUGGGGUCGGAGGACGGUCUUGUCAAUGCCGAAUCUGGUCGGCUAGACUCGGCACAGUUCAGCCCAGAUCGAUUGCUUGAGAUCGCGAAGAAAGCUUUCGCCCCUUUCGUUUUGAAGACGACACCAGAGAACGUAGAAUGGUGGACUGUCUACGUUAUUGGGCAACGUGUAGCAUCCACCUUUUCGGUCAAAGAUAGAGUCUUCAUCGCUGGUGACGCUUGUCAUACGCACUCGCCCAAAGGAGGUCAAGGCAUGAAUGUUAGCAUCAAUGAUGCUCACAACCUUGCUUGGAAACUAGCCUAUACCAUUCGAGGAUGGGCGGGUACUUCCCUCCUUGACACGUACGAAUUCGAGAGGCGAAGCUUUGCCCUAGAGCUAAUCGCAUUCGACAAGUGGUUUGCAGAAGGAUUCUCGGCCAAAGCUAGAGCGAAACUCAUCGCGGAGGGAAACAACGUAGACCUGCCUGGACCAUUAGAGGCAUUCCGAGCCUUCAGUAGCGUAACGACGGGGAUCAGAAUUCGCUAUGCGCCUUCCAUCAUUACUGCGACAGCACCCGACAAGACCGACGAAAAUGGCCCAUACACACUCACAGUUGGAAAACGACUCCCACCUCAAGUUGUACUGCGCGUCGCCGAUCGCAGGCCGGUAAACGUGCAAGAUUUGUGCCUGUCGAAUGGGCGCUUCAAGCUCUUUGUUUUCACUGGAGAUGUGCUCUCCGCCGAUGAUAUACAAAGCCUCAACAAGCUCACCACCGACCUUGACGCGCUUUUGAGUGAGCUUCCCAAGGGUCUUCUGGAAGUGUUCUCUAUCAUCAAAGCGAAGGAUGAUGCAAUCACUUACAUGGACGUGCCCCAAACCUUACGGCCACACUGGACGAGCAUUCACUUCGAUGGGCAUGCUUCAGGUCCGGUGUAUGAUGCGUACGGGAUUAACAGGGAGGGUGCUCUUGUGGUAUUUCGUCCAGAUGGGUAUGUGGGAACGAUCACACCCCUCGGCGAAGUAGAACUCGUUCGUCAGUAUUUCAGGCAAUUUUUGAAAUAGGUAGCAGAAAGGGGAUGCAUUAUUCUUAAAUCCUGAUGUAUAUGUAUCUUGGCUUAACUUUACUCCAAUACCGCCGCUUUCUAUGAUCCGCCUGUCGCAUGCUCAAGCAAGAACUUUUCUAUUGUCAAGGGAAUAAAAAUACAUGUUACCAGGAUGGC